CCGGAAAUGCAGUCUAGUUUAAAAUGUAAUCCCUUAAAUGUACAGGUGUAACUGUAUUCUGAAUACCACCGAUUUAAAUUGUAGCUGUAUUUAGUAACUCAUAUUUUGUAUUUUAAAUACAUAAUCCAGAAAUUCUUCCCUGCCUGUGGACAAGUGGACCCAAAUAGAGUAUGACAAUCCAGGAAAGACUACUGAUGUUAAAAUCGUUUUGUUUACCCAAGCACCAUAUUUUGGGAGGGAAGUUUAAACAACAAGAGGUACUACUAGGCCGUGUGAUGUGCUGCCAUGUUCAUGGCUAAAAGGGUGAAGUCUAAAAAGCAACCUGGAAGCCUGCCACAGGUAAUGGCAACCAGGAAGAGUGAUAAUGAGCCAGAUUUCCUUAAAGCUCUCUUAAACACCCUUCAGGAAUGCCCUUUUGAAUUGAGGUCAGUGUUGACUGCCCAUCAGUCAUGCAAUCUUUGGCUGAUAUGUAACUGGAGGCUAAUAUUUAAUUUACCAGGAAGUACUGUAUUGGAAGAAAAUCAUGCUUACGCUUAUCACAUAACUAAGGCAAAGUCAGAGUUGUAUAUAAAGGCAAAUGCAUUUCACGCUUUCUCAGCCUCACAACAUCGCAGCAUCACAUCACACACAGUAAAAGAGUGACGGCAGGGCUAAUAGGACGUGAUCAUUGCCCUCUAUCCUAGAACACUCUUGAGGAUUAUUUAAGUCUCUACAGUCGUUCGUCUCAACCUCUACAUCCACCUUCAUCAUGAACCUCCUGCUUGUGUGCUAUGUGGCUUUCUCUCUGGCUCAGAUGACCUCAACCACAACAACAAUCAGAAACACAGCAGUUUCUACAACAACCAGGGGAACCACCACAGGUGCAGCUACAGCAACAAAAAACACCACAGUCACCUUGAAGCCCACAGGAACAACAAUGGCAAACACCACAUCUGUCAUAACCACAGUGGUUGAACCUACAACAACAACAACAACAACAACCAUGCCAAUCACCACAGCUAAUCCUAAAUCCACCACCACAAGUGCAACUACAGGAACAACCAUGGCAAGUACUAGAAUUGUAACAACAGCAAGAACCACAACAACUACCACCGUUGAACCCACAAAAACAACUAAAGGAACCACCCCAGGUGAACCUACAACAUCAAAAACCACCUUGAAGCCCACAGGAACAACAAUGGCAAACACCACAGCUAAUCCUAAAUCCACCACCACAAGUGCAACUACAGGAACAACCAUGGCAAGUACUAGAAUUGUAACAACAGCAAGAACCACAACAACUACCACCGUUGAACCCACAAAAACAACUAAAGGAACCACCCCAGGUGAACCUACAACAUCAAAAACCACCUUGAAGCCCAAAGGAACAACAAUGGCAAACACCAAACCUGUCACAACCAAAAGAACAACAACCAAAACUACAACCAUCUCAGCUGGCACCUUGGGAACCAGUGCCACCUUGCUAAGCUUCAUGCUACCCAUAAUUCCUCUUCUGUUAAGUUUUGUGUUCAGCUUAAUGACCACCAUGGUGCCAAAAACAGCCGCACCUACAGCAACAAUUCUACCCAUAACAGCUGCCAUGGAGAUCACUAUGAAUGUCCCUGUGACAACCACCACGGAAACACGAACAACCACCACGGAAACAAGAACACCCACUACAGUUGAACCCACAACAGCAACACCGAAGGUAGCCACUACAGGUGUACCUAUCACAACUGAAAUCAACCCAACUACUGAAGCUGCAUCUCAAACAACAACAGUCAUGCCAACCACCACACCUAUAUCAACAACAACCAUGGCAAAUACUACACCUGUAAAAACAAUAAGAACCACAACAGCCCCACAUGUUGAGCCCAUAACAUCAACAAUCAAUAUAGGUGCACCUACGACAAUACACACCAUGUUAACCUCUAUGGCUGAAGCUACAAGGACAAGCAUGGCAAACACACCGCCUGUGACAACAACAAAAGUAGCAAUUACGAAAUGUGUAUGCACAAAAAUAACAAUCAUUGUAACAGAUGCACAUACAACAACAAAAACCUCUCCAACUACCAUGUCAAUGACCACGCUCACACCUGUGUCUACAACAACAACCAUCGCAAAUACCAAGCCUACCACAACAAGAGUCACAAAAUCUACCACAAUUGAACUGCCAGUGAGUAAAACCAAGGUAACCAUCCUAAGUACAACAGCAUCAAUAACACUCAACCUGACCCCUGCUGCAUCUCAAACUGCCGCAACCAUGCCAACAACCACACCUAAUAUUCCAUCAACAACCAUGAAAAACAUUCUAUGCACCACAACAACUUCCACUGUUGAACCCAGAGAAACAACAACUAGAGAAACCAUCUCAGGUGAACCUACAACAAUCAAGGUAACGACAACAGGUGCACAUAUGACAACCAAAACCAAACCAACCACUGUGCUUGAACCGGCAAUGGCUACUGACACAACAAAAUCUGCAUCAACAACAACCUUGGCAAACACAAAAGCUUCUACAACAACUAAAACAACAACCAUGGAAACCAGCACAAGUGCAUCUACGGAAACAAAAAACACCACAGUCACCUUGGAAACCACAGGAACAACAAUGGCAAACACCAUGCCUGUCACAACCACAGAUGUUAAACCUAGAACAGCCCUAACAACCACCACAGUUGAACCCACGGUAAUAACAGCCAACGUAACCACUACAGGUGAACCUACAGCAACAAACAAUACUGUGACCACUGUAGUUGCAUCUCCAACAACAACAACAACAAACAUGCCAGUCACCACAGCCAACCCAAUGUCAGCAACCACCAUGGUUAAAACCACACCUGAGUCAACAAGAACCACAGCAGCCAGUACAGUUGAAUCCAGAACCACAACAGGCAAGGUAACUACCACAAGUGCAGCUACAGCAACAACCAUGGCAAGUACUACAACUGGGGAAACUGCAAGAACCAUCACAACUUCCACUGUUGAACCCACAGAAACAAUAACUAGAGGAACCAUCUCAGGUGAACCUACAACAAUCAAAACCACCACAAGCACUACUAUUGAAUCUUCAGAAACCACCAUGCCGUCCACCAUUAGUGCAUUUACAUCAACAACAAUAACCAUGCCAACAACCACACCUAAUCAUACGUCAACAACUAUGGAAAACACUGCAUCCAUCACAACAAGCACUAAAGUUGAACCCACAACAAUAGCCAUGGUAACGACAACAGGUGCACAUAUGACAACUAAACCCACACCAACCCUGUGUAUGAACCUACAACAACAGCAAUGUGGUUGA